AUGACAUCAAAACAUAGAAAUACAAAUAAAAAUAAGAAAAGUAAUCAAAAUUUAAGUAACAAUAGUAGUCAUAAUGAUGAAUUAUGUAGUGGUGGUAGUAGUAGUAGUAUCAAUAAUAGUAAUAGUAGUUUAGAUGAUGUUAAGAACAAAGGAGAGAUAUUUCAAUCUAUAAAUAACAUUUUCAAUGAAUUUAAUAAACAAGAAAAAGAAAGAAAUGAUAUAGCUAGAAUACCACAUAAGAUUUGGGAUAAUUAUUGGGUAAAAAAAAGUAUAAGAACCAUUGAAAUUAUAUUUUGGAUUUCAUUAGGUUUAGGUACUGCUUAUUAUACUGAUUUGGUUAAUGUAAUUUUAUAUAGUGAAAUUAUUAAAAGAUUAUAUUUUAAUAUUGGAAUUGUUGGAUUAGUUGGAUUUAUUUCAAUUUAUAUUUAUUGUGGUUAUUUCUCAAAAGUUGAUGUAAAAAAGAAUGAUGAUGAUUGGGAAAAGGUUCACCCAAAAUUAAUUCCAUUUGCAACAAUUUUUUUAGUAAUUUUUUCUUUUGGCAUAAUGAUAGGGUGUUGGCCAGUUUGGGGAUUUUUAACACCACUUUUUUUAUUUAUUUAUUUCGCAUCUAUAUCUUAUAUAAUUUAG